AUGUCUAGUCUUGGUAUUCUUUUGCUUGUAACCUGUGUUACUGUUGGUGAGGCUAUAGAGAGACACUUUACUGCACAGGACAAGACACAGAGAAUGAUGUUGUCUAUAGGUGAGGAGUACACGGUCAGCAGCCGAGUCCAGUGUAGCAUGCGUUGUACCAGGUCACAGAAGGUCUGCUACAGCUUCAUGUAUGACAAGAUGUCAGGCAAAUGCCAGCUAGGCUCCUGGCUGGUCCCAACGAACCAAUCGGUCCCCCAGCCCCAACCUCCCCUCCACUCCGACAGUCAGCUAUGUAACACCAGGGAGAACGUCACGCUCCUAGCCAAUGGGAACUUGAGCUCGUGUGACGUCACAGCUUGCGCAGGAAAUAGUAUCAACAUCGGCAACAACCCAACCUUUGACCCGCAGAGUAUUCCAAUUUACAAAACUUGCAGAGAUGUGCCGAGCGGGAAUUCCCGACAAGUGGUGCGACUGACCUCUGGGCUAGUGGUCAUGUGUGACACAACCACAAGUGGGGGAGGCUGGACCGUUAUACAGAGACGUGUGUCUGAUGACGUCUCAUUUAGGCGUGGGUGGCAGGAUUACAAGAAGGGCUUUGGGGAUUACGGCAAUGGCAACUUCUACUUGGGCAAUGAGAACAUUUACUGCAUCAGCUCCAAAAGUGUACAUGAACUUAGGAUCGACAUCACCUACAAUGGGGGCAGCUACUACCAAGUUUAUUCAGGAUUUCAGCUGUCGGACGAGUCACUGAACUACAAGCUACAGUUUACUUCAACCUACGGGGAUGCGGGCGAUGGGCUCGACAUCCACAAAGAUCAGGGGUUCUCAACCUUUGACUGGGCCAACACGGGCUGCGCCAAUAACGCUGGAUGGUGGUUUGAGAACUGCCAGCACUCCAAUCUGAACGGCGAGUUCGGCAGCACCGUGGACGCUCAAGGGUUUGUAACACAGAGAGCAACGCAAUCAUCCAGCGCAGUGUUUAUCUUGCUUUAUUUGUACUUGGAUGCUAACGCUUCUCAUAUUCAUUGGUCGUCGUCAGAAAUGUCAGCACCAUAA